AUGGCUACUCUAUCUACUGUACCCUCUGCUACUUCUGAAUCUACUGUGUUGGCAUCAUCGGCGCCAUUUGACUCUCACCGCUGGACUAACGCUGGUAGGCCUAAAAUUAUCGAAUUCUAUGGUUUCGAAGGUGAAGACUUUCGUCACUUUCUGCAACUUAUGGAGUCUUUCUUUGCUUUGAAAGGUAUUACUCAAGACCCUCGCAAGGUCGCCAUCAUGCGAGCUCAACUUCGUCGUGUUGCCGCUAUCUUCUUUGACAAUACUUUGAAGGAAAGGAAUCUCGCAUUGAACAAGAUUUCGUUCACUGAUGCUACUACUAUUUUACAAGAACGUUUUGUGUCCGAAUCCAUCAUCGAGUGCUAUCAAAGUACCUUCGACGAGAUGUGCCAGUCUCCCAAGGAAUCCCCCAGUGAAUUUCUGUCUCGUUUGUAUAAAGCUGCCGACUUAGCUAACAUACAUGAUGAGAAGUUCAUUUCUGCAAGAUAUCGUGCUGGUUUAUGUAAGGAAAUCAAAAUCUUCUGCAAAGAAAUGUCCGCUAUCAAUUUUCAAGACUGGGUGAAACACUCAAAUGCAUGGUGGAAUGCACAUUCAGUGAAAGCAAUCCAUUUUGUUGACAAUCCAUUUUCGGUUGAUCGUGCUUCUGGUUUUUUCAAUGGUGAUAACGGUAAAAAAUUGGCUUUGAAUAAGGUAAACAACGAGAAGGCGCUAUCCUCGAAAAGCGUUUGUAUCAAUCCUAUCCCCACCUCGGCUGCUGAGGCGUAUGCGAAUUCAGUGUCUCCAACUAUUGCUAAUAUAACUUCAAGAAUGGAAGCAUUGGAGUUACAUUCGUUGAUACCCAGUACCGACAAAGAAGGUCAGUUUGAAAGAAACACUAUACGAGACAGGGCGGUCAAGUCGUUGAUAACCGACAAAGAGUUCAAAUCCUUCCUCAAGAAUAUCAUCCAAGAGGCAAAUGAUGAGAAGGUUAUGACCCGUAAACCAUAUAGAAAUAACCAUAGAAACUCUGAUGGAUAUCAUUCGACCGAUACCUAUUGUCAUGAACCAAGCUUCGAUCUGGUACCUGGAUCUAGAACCGUGCAGUCCAAGUGUUAUGACUACGUUAUGCUUAUUAAAGAAAAUCGUUUGGACGACAAAUAUCCUGAUCAUUAUGCUAGCUACUACCCUCGUGCUAAGUUUCAGAGAGCAGUUCAACAUGCUAACAACAAUCACAGCUACACCCCUGAAGGAAAUCAACGCUACGAUGGUCCUUCUUACGGUAAUCAACGUCGUGGCGGGUACAACCAACAAGCUCCCCCUCGUAAUUACAAUAGUAAUUCUUACAACCAAGAUGGUCAAUCUUAUGGUAAUAACUAUGGUGAUUCUCGUAACCAAAGGGAUCAUACAUAUAACAAUGACAAUUUCGGAGGUGGGGAAGUCAAUCCUGCUCACAACAAUAGUAUCCAAACCAAUGGACACUACAACGGCAAAUAUAAUGGUAAUAGUUAUUACAACAAAUCAUACAACAAUCAUGAAUAUCAUCGUUAUAGACCCAAAAAUCACCAUGACCCUCAUCCCAAUUACAAUGAUUUUGAUGACCACAUUAAUACUAGAAAAAAAUGUAAUGGCCAAGUCAAAAGAACUAAAUCAGGCAAUUGUUGA